AUGUCGACUCUAAACCGCUCUUUGUGGCAGGAGCAGGCAGGUGUGCCUGGCGUCCUCCGUGAGGGUUCCAUUCCAUCCAACAUUGCAGAUGACGAGAUCUUAGUCAAGGUUCACGCCUGGGCUAUGAAUCCUGCUGACGCUAUGGUCCAGGACGUGCCUUUGCCAUUUAUUAAGUAUCCACUUAUCAUGGGAGAGGACGUCGCCGGCACCGUUAAGAGUGUCGGCUCUGCGGCGAGGGCCAGAUUUCAACCUGGAGAUCGUGUUCUAGGUCUGGCUCUAGGUGCUGCCGUCGCGAAGCCCGAGCAAGGCGCAUUCCAGGACUAUGUGAUUCUCGACCAUAAUAUGGCGUGCAAGAUUCCUGACUCCCUGUCGUUUAUCGACGCCUCCGUCUUUCCUCUCUGCAUUGCGACGGCUGCCCAAGGUCUGUUUUCUAAGGACUACCUUGGCCUGCCAUACCCUACGAUCAACACCCCCGCUAACAGCACGGGUAAAUCCAUCCUUAUCUGGGGUGGCAGCUCGGGCGUCGGUAGCAAUGCGAUUCAACUUUGCAAAGCAGCUGGGUUUGAGGUUCUUACCACAUGCUCUACACGGAACUUUGAGUAUGUCAAGGGUCUUGGUGCCGAUCAGGUCUUUGACUACAACGAUCCCAAUAUUAUCCACCGGAUCGUUGCGGGACUGGACAAGGGGGAAUGCAUUGGCGUCUUGCAAGCGGCCGGUGAUGUGGCGCCAUCCUGCCAGGUGGCACAUAUAUCAAAGAAAAACCUGCGUGUGGCCGCUACGAAUCCAGUACCUGAAGGAGUGGCCCCCGACGGCGUUGACGCUAGGAUGAUAUUUGCCUCGGAAAGUGCGGUUAUGUACCAUGAGACAAACCCGGCCACCUUUGCUGGAUAUCUGCCUGAAGCACUGGCUGCAGGUGUCUAUAAGGUUGCGCCAGUUCCGGAUGUCGUGCCAACCAAGGGUCUCGAGGGCAUUCAGGAGGCACUGGAUCUACUUAAGAAGGGCGUUUCGGCGAAGAAGCUAGUGACAUGCGCUAAUUAG